CCUUAGAAACAUCUACUUGGUUCGACCCAAAGCUCCUGCAUUCUGCUCGUCCGAUCAGAACGAUAACGCCUGUUCUUUACCGCAGCUACCCGGACUGGAUACUCCAUUCAUCCUUGACCCGAAACGCUUCUUUCUUCAGCGGCAAGGGCUAUCCGGUGACUUCAUUGUCUACGCCGAUGACCCAAAGUGGGACUCACCCCACCCAGUGCUUUUCAGCACGCAUCUUUGA